GUAUCAAGCCCUUUGUCACUCUCUUACAUUAUGAUAACCCUCAAGCGCUCGAAGAUGAAUAUGGUGGACUCUUAAAUCCCAAGUUUGUAAAGGAUUAUACAGAUUAUGUUGAUUUUUGCUUCAAAACUUUUGGUGAUCGAGUUAAGCAUUGGGUCACAAUGAAUGAACCAAAUGGAUUAAGUAUCAAUGGAUACACCAGCGGUACUUUUGCACCAGGAAGAUGUUCGAAUUACGUUGGAAAUUGCACCGCCGGUAACUCCGCUACUGAAUCUUACAUUGUCGCUCAUCACUUGCUUCUUUCUCACGGAGCCGCCGUGAAAUUGUACAAGGAGAAAUAUCAGCAAUAUCAAAAGGGGAAAAUUGGGAUCACAAUAGUGAGCCAUUGGUUUGAGCCGAAAUACCAAACAGCUUCCUGCCGUGAGGCAGCGUCUAGAGCUCUAGAUUUUUUGUUUGGAUGGUUUGCUCAUCCGAUUAUAUAUGGUGACUAUCCACAGAGCAUGAAAUCUUUGGUGGGUAAUCGAUUGCCAAAAUUCACUGAAGCUCAAUCCAAGUUGCUAAAGGGAUCUCUUGAUUUUCUUGGUGUAAACUAUUACACCACAAACUAUGCAGAAAGUGCUCCCUCAACCAACGGUGUCAAUGUCAGUUAUGUUACAGACAGACAACUCACUCUCACUACUUCUAAAAAUGGGAUUCCUAUCGGUACUCCGACAGAUUUGGACUGGCUUUUCAUCCAUCCGAAGGGAAUCCAUGAGCUUUUGCUAUAUAUAAAAGAAAAAUACAACAAUCCUAUUAUAUACAUAACGGAAAACGGACUGGCUGACGCAAAUAAUAGCUCUUUACCAAUUAAAGAUGCCCGCAAGGAUAGUUUGAGGAUAAGAUACCAUUACGGGCAUUUAUCAUAUCUUGCAAAAGCUAUCAAAGAUGGUGCAAAUGUGAAGGCAUACUAUGCGUGGUCAUUCUUUGACGACUUUGAAUGGGAUGCCGGUUACACCGUUCGAUUUGGCUUCACUUUUAUAGAUUUUAAGGAUAAUUUAAAAAGAUAUGUCAAGUACUCUUCGUAUUGGUUCAAAAUGUUCCUCCUAAAAUAAGCUGUAAAAUGAUGUUUCUCCUUAAAUAUGAUGUAACUCUGUGAGAGAGUUAAGUAAAUAAAAAGAGAAAAUCGUCUUUCUCUGGCCUA